AUGGCGCCAGAAACUGAACACAAUGAUUUGAGAAACUACAAGAUGGCGAAUGAUUACGACGAUGACAGAACAGCUUGGAGAGAUGAUAUGCAUCGCGGGGAUGAUCCAUCAAGCGAGGAAGUGCUUGACAAUCCCCAGGAAGUACUCCAGCAAUCAUGCGCGCAAAUGGCGAACCUGCUAGCAGACUGGUUGCUCAUAGCAGGCGUAGACGUAGGAGACGUGCGAGCAAUGAUAGAAAACAACCUAAAAGACGUAAUCUUGAAGACCUUCGACCCUAAAAAGGCUGAUAAAAUCUUCACCGAGGAGGGAGAGACGCCCGCUUGGUUAACAGAGAUGAUCCAGCACCACACCUGGAGAUCGCUGAUAUACCGACUGGCUGAAGAAUACCCCGACUGCCUGAUGUUGAACUUCACCAUCAAACUGAUCUCGGACGCGGGCUUCCAGGGAGAGAUCACGAGUAUCUCCACCGCUGCUCAGCAGAUUGAAGUGUUCUCCCGGGUGCUCAAGACAGCUAUCACCGGGUUUCUCCAGAGCACCGAAAACUGGCAGAACAGCAUCCAGGAAUGUGCCAAAAUGGUCUGCCACGGGCAGCACACGUACGUCUACAGCCAAGUGUUGCUGCAGAUUCUCGCCCAGGAGCCCCGAGGCGGGUUCAUGAUGAAAAGACUGUCCCAGGAAAUCACCAAAUGCGCCCAGCAGAACCGACACGACGUCACGCCUAUUACCAUGGCGUUGAACGGUGCUGCUGGCAGUCCUGCAGCGUGCCAAGCUUUGACUUCCAUGUUGUCGAGGAACAACCUCAACCCCGCGGACAUUUCUGUCCUCUACAGACACUAUUCUUCCGCAGAGCCGCCUCCGAUCGAGCUGGUGAGGAACCCCCAGUUCCUGGAGCUGCUUGUCGACGUCCUCUUCAAGCCUGGGGUCAAGCUCAACCCCGAACACAAGAGCAAGUACAUCUACCUGCUAGCUUAUGCCGCUAGCGUCUGCGAAACCUUGCCGAAAAAAGGAAACGCGAGGAAGCUGAAUAAAGAUGAGUUAAAGACCACCAUCCAGGCCAUUGAGAAGGUCCACAAUAUCUGCAACAUCAACAAGGGAUCCACGGAGCUUAUUGCUGAGCUUAACACUCUCUACCAGGCGAUCAGGUUCCCUGUAGUCAGUGUUGGAGUCAUCAGGUGGGUCGAAUGUACUGUCACAGAGCCUUCUUACUUUAAAUUAAGCACCGAGUAUUGUCCAGUCCACUUGGCUCUUCUGGAUGAAGUGGUCACUUGCCAUCACUUGCUUCAUCCCAAAGUUCUUCAGCUUCUGAUCCAGCUGUUUGAGAGCAAGCAAGACGAGCUGGAAAUCUUGGUACAGUUGGAGAUGAAGAAAAUGCUGAUUGACAGAAUGGUUAAUUUACUCAGUAGAGGAUGUGUCGUUCCAGUUGUUUGCUAUAUCAAGCAGUGCUGGCAGAAAGAUGAUACUGAUAUUAGUUUGAUCAGAUACUUUGUUACUGAGGUCCUAGAGGCCAUCGCUCCGCCUUAUACGCCCGAGUUUGUGGAAAUGUUCCUGCCCAUGGUUGAAAAUGAGGAAAUUACUGGAACUAUGCGCGGGGAUAGCGAAAAUGAUCUUGUUUCUGAGUUUAUUGUUCACUGCAAAGCCCAUUGUCCGGUUGAGAGAUGA